GGGUUAGAAAUCUGUCGCGUCACAGUCGUCAGUCUUCUUGUCUUGCUCUGCGUCGAAGUUUAACUGGCCGACUGCGUGCCGUGCCGUGCCGUAGUGGUAAGGCGACUUGUAGUGGCAGCAUGCUCGACUGAAUGGCUGAUGGGUAUCUCUCAACUACAUGCAUCAACGACGACUGCAGGCAGGCAUACGAAUACGGACAACACUACAAACUAAGUAAAGCAGAACUGUAAUUGUAAAGACCCAUAUCAAUGAGGAUGCAACUAACUGUUUGCCGUAUAUACCUAUAUGUGUUACCCUAGCAGUCCUUCCUACACAUAGUACUUGCAAACUCAAAACGAUUUGAAAAACACUUACCUGCAGAAGAAUAUUCAAAUCCUACAAAGCAUCUAUCGUGCUUGUAAAAACAAACAACCAAACAAAAGAGCAUUCAUUAGAUGCUAAAUACAAAACCUUUGUACGAGAAAGGAUUAAUCCGGGACCGUAAAAUGCUGACACAAUCGCAGUUCUCUCAAAUUCAGUUCUCGGCAGUGCUGAAUGAGUUCGAGGUUUUCUAUAAUGUCGCAAAAGCGAUUAAUUUUGUUGAUGAUUCAACCGUACAGCUGAGUACCGACGGCGUGAAAAUAGUGGUCGAAGAGUCUAAAACUAUUCAGGCGGCACUCUACGUAACCCGUGGCUGCUUUUCGGAAUACAAAAUAGCCCAACGGAAGCGCAAGCUUCAGCCAAACGACGAAACCGAAGAUGCAGAAGAACCGGUGGCUUCGUUUGGGCUUAAUUUGAAAGCGUUUACUGAUUGUCUAAGUUUACUCAUCGGAAGCGGUUAUGAUUCCAAUUUGAAGAUAAUUUACAAAGGCGAAGGGGCCCCCCUGAUGGUAAUUCAAAAGCAUCACGGAGAUGACGAUUUAGUAACAGAGUGUUCGGUGAAAACUAUGGAACCACUCGAAAUCGUAGAUUUUGAUUUGGAAGAUGAGCAGAGCUGUAGCAAAGUAAAUGUCAAGGGACCAGAAUUUUUUUUGUUAUUGAGUGAAAUCGAUAAAAAUUGUGAUGAAGUUGAGAUGUUUUUAUCACCCAAUAAUCCCCAUUUCAAAUUAACCACCUUCGGAGAAGUCAGCACAGAAUCAUGUGUGGAGAUCACAGAUAAUAGCGACAUGUUGAUUUCAUUUCAGAGCUCCAGAACCAGUAACAACCGCUAUAAUUUUGCUCACUUCAAAUUAGUGAUGAGAACACUGGCUUUGGCAUCGCAAGUUUCUCUGCAUACUAACAAGAAUGGGUUGUUAAAAAUCCAAGUCAAAAUCGCCAACCCAGAUAAUUUUGAUAUAUUCGUUGAAUACUUCAUUAUGCCACAAUGUGAUGAUGGAGGCACUCCAGAUGAAGCAGACGAAUAAAAUUCUUGGAAAGUUUUAUUGUUAAUAACACUUUCUACUUCUAGAAUAUUCACAAUUGAACCAUACUUUACGUUAAUAAAGAAAAUUAAGUAAUA